UGCAAGUGUGCAUAACCAUAAAAAGCGGUGCCCCGCUGGGACUCCAGAGUGUGGUCACCAUCACAGCAGACGGCAGCGGACGAGCUGACAGCGAGUGACUUGUUGAAUUCCUGAUCUGGAUUAAGAGAUGGAAGUCAAACUGGACACCACGUUAAUGCUGGCAGUGUACAUCAUCACUUUCGUUACAGGCCUGCCUGCCAACCUUCUGGCGUUCUACGCAUUCAUCCAGAAGUUUCGCCAGAAGCCCACACCCAUCGACAUCCUGCUGCUAAACCUGACAAUAUCUGACCUUAUCUUUCUCAUCUUCUUGCCAUUCAAAAUGAAGGAGGCAGCAGAUGGUUUGCAAUGGAAUCUUCCCAAGUUCUUGUGCCCAUUGUCUGGCUUUAUAUUUUAUACCACCAUCUACAACAGCACCUUCUUCCUCAUGGGUGUUAGUGUGGAGCGUUAUCUGGGGGUAGCCUUCCCCAUCAAGUACAAGCUUCACCGGCGGCCUCUCUACGCAGUCAUUGCCAGUGUGAUCUUCUGGUUGUUCUCCUUGUCACACAUCAGCAUUGUAUACAUCAUGGAGUAUCAUAACUCCACAGAUAGCACUGAGCAUUCUAAGAACAGCUGCUACAAGGAUUUUAACGAGGAGCAGCUAAAAAUCCUGCUGCCAGUACGCCUGGAGCUCUUUGUGGUGCUCUUCUGCAUCCCCUUCCUCAUCUGCGUCUUCUGCUAUGUCAACUUUGUCCGCAUCUUGUGCAAGUUACCCCAUAUCAGCCCACAGAGGCGGAGGCGGGCAGUUGGGCUAUCUCUGGGGACGCUGCUGGUGUAUGUUCUGUGCUUUGGGCCCUAUAAUGUGUCUCACGUGGUUGGCUAUGUCUAUAGGAAGAGCCCCGACUGGCGUCACUUUGCACUUCUCUUAAGCACGUUCAACGCCUGCCUGGACCCCAUCAUUUUCUACUUCUCCUCCUCCACAGUCAGAAAACUACUGAACAACAUACUAAAGAGGAUGGUGGGAAAUCUGCAACUAACUUGCUGCUACAGAUACUUCUACUGCCAGCAGUGGAGCUGCACUGGAAGUGAGGAGGUCACCCAGAGCUCGAAUGAGACAUCCUGAUGGACCAUCCAGACAGAGGGGACAUUGCAGUGUCAUAGUUCAGUGUGUCAUGUUUGAGUGCAUCUUGGACUCUUCCGAAUUCAUGGUAUUUGCUGCACUGAAUGGAUCAGUGGGUUUGCUUGGUUCUGUCUGUCUCCAAGUAGUAGGUUUCAUUUUUACAAUUUCUAAGCACAAGUUCAGUUGUCAGCCUCAUAUUAGCCAUUCUGAAGAACAUGUUGCCUGUUUAAGUUUUUUACAGUGACUUUUAAUUGGUUUGCUUGGUACUUCAUGUUCCCCACCCUGUGCAGAAGAAUUUGUAUAAAAGGUUAUUUUACGUAUACAUUUAUUGUACAUAUCAGUGUCUGUCCAUGUUUUUGUAGACACCCUCACAAUGUGUAAGUAAUUUCAUAUUCAUAUUGUAUUUGUAUUUUUUUACUUUGAAGGGAAAGGUUUUCACAUGCUAUUAGUAAAGUAAUAUGAAUUUAUAUAAAAAUGUUCUAAAAUAAAAUAAUAUCUGCUGUCAGGGGGUGUGGUGGUGC